AUUACCAUCUUGCUUUCACAACAGGAGCUAUGGUCAGAAUCUUUGUGAUUUUUUGCCUUUUUGCAUCUGUGAAAACAAGUGGGAUUGAUAAUCUUCAAGUGCAAACAGUGAAUUAUGGAGAAAAUGUUACAAUAAAAUGUAACCAAAACUUUGUCAAAGGCAAUAAGAACUAUUUAGCCUGGUAUAAGCAGAGUUUUGGAAAACUGCCUCAGCUUAUUGUAAGAGCAGCUGGGCAUAACGCAGAUGUCAGAUAUGCCCGACCACUUGUACAUCGCUUCAGAUUAACUGCAAGUGAAGAAAAGUUUGAUCUCAGCAUUAUAAACACUGUAGAAGAGGAUACAGGAACAUAUUUCUGUGUGAACGUAAAGGAGUAUGUUACAGAGUUUGAAUCUGGGACCCUCCUGCUUUUUCCAGAUGAAAAGUCUAAGAAGCGAAAUCUGAAUGAAGUAGAUGUGAAAAGUGGAGAGUCGGUUACACUCCAGUGUUCAGUGACUCCUUUGAGCUGUUCAGGAGAACACAGUGUGUACUGGUUCAGACAUGGAUCAGGAGAAUCUCAUCCAGGAAUCAUUUACACUCAUGGAGACACAGACAGUCAGUGUACGAGGAGCUCUGAGACUGAUUCUACUACACAGAGCUGUGUCUACAAACUCCCCAAGAGAAACCUCAGCCUCUCUGAUGCUGGAACUUACUACUGUGCUGUGGCUGCAUGUGGACAGAUACUGUUUGGGAAUGGAACUAAACUCAGUGUAAAAGAAGACAAUAUUUGGAUUUUUGCCUUGACAACAACCAAUGUGAUAACUGUUAUUGUGACUGUCGUUCUGGCUGUUCUGCUCCUUAAGAACCAGCGGAAAGGGUCUUUCACUGAUCAUCCAAGUCACACAAAUCAGGUUGAGAACACAGAUGGCUUGAAUUAUGCAGCUCUGAAUUUUGCUAAGAAACCUCCUCCAUCCAGAACGUCCAGAGUCAAGGAAAGUCAAGACAUUUACUCACAGGUCAAAGUACGAUAGA